CAUGGGUCAAACCGGAAAAAAAUCUGAGAAGGGACCAAUUUGUUGGCGGAAACGUGUGAAAUCAGAAUACAUGAGACUGAGGCAGCUCAAGAGGUUCCGACGUGCGGAUGAAGUAAAGAGUAUGUUUAAUUCUAAUCGUCAGAAGAUACUGGAAAGAACUGAAAUCUUAAAUCAAGAGUGGAAACAACGUAGGAUACAGCCUGUUCACAUCAUGACUUCUGUGAGCUCAUUGCGCGGGACCAGGGAGUGCUCUGUUACCAGUGACAUAGAUUUUCCAAAACAAGUCAUCCCACUGAAGACUCUCAAUGCUGUUGCUUCUGUGCCUAUAAUGUAUUCUUGGUCUCCCCUUCAACAGAAUUUUAUGGUAGAGGAUGAAACUGUUUUACAUAACAUUCCAUAUAUGGGAGAUGAAGUGCUUGACCAGGAUGGUACCUUUAUUGAAGAACUGAUCAAGAACUAUGAUGGGAAAGUGCAUGGAGACAGAGAAUGUGGAUUUAUCAAUGAUGAAAUAUUUGUUGAGCUGGUCAAUGCACUUGGUCAAUAUAGUGAUGAUGAAGAUGAUGAUGAUGGAGAUGACAAUCCUGAUGAAAGAGAUGACAAGCAAAAAGAUCGGGAAGGUAACAGGAUGGAGAAAGCAAGCCACCCACCUCGGAGAUUUCCUUCUGACAAGAUAUUUGAAGCCAUUUCCUCAAUGUUUCCAGACAAGGGUACAGCAGAAGAAUUGAAAGAGAAAUACAAAGAACUCACUGAGCAGCAGCUUCCAGGAGCUCUUCCUCCUGAAUGCACACCAAACAUAGAUGGACCAAAUGCUAAAUCUGUUCAGAGGGAGCAAAGCCUGCACUCUUUUCACACACUCUUCUGUAGGCGCUGUUUUAAAUAUGAUUGCUUCUUACAUCGUAAGUACAAUUAUACAUUCCACGCAACUCCCAAUACUUAUAAACGAAAGAAUACAGAAACAGCAUUAGAUAAUAAGCCUUGUGGACCGCACUGUUAUCAACAUCUGGAAGGUGCAAAGGAGUUUGCAGCUGCCUUGACCGCUGAGCGUAUAAAGACACCACCAAAGCGCCCAGGUGGCCGCCGAAGGGGAAGACUUCCAAACAACACCAGCAGACCCAGCACGCCGACAAUAAAUGUAUUGGAGUCAAAAGACACAGAUAGUGAUAGAGAAGCUGGAACUGAAACUGGAGGAGAAAACAAUGAUAAAGAAGAAGAAGAAAAGAAAGAUGAAACAUCCAGUUCCUCUGAAGCAAAUUCUAGGUGUCAAACGCCGAUAAAGAUGAAGCCAAAUAUUGAGCCUCCAGAGAAUGUGGAAUGGAGUGGUGCAGAAGCCUCAAUGUUUAGAGUUCUUAUUGGCACCUACUAUGACAACUUCUGUGCAAUUGCCAGACUGAUUGGGACCAAAACGUGCAGGCAGGUGUAUGAGUUUAGAGUAAAGGAAUCUAGUAUUAUUGCUCCAGUCCCUGCUGAAGAUGUUGAUACUCCUCCCAGAAAGAAGAAAAGGAAACACAGGUUGUGGGCUGCUCAUUGCAGAAAGAUACAGCUGAAAAAGGAUGGUUCAUCGAAUCAUGUUUACAACUAUCAGCCAUGUGAUCAUCCACGUCAGCCUUGUGAUAGCUCAUGCCCAUGUGUAAUUGCUCAAAACUUCUGUGAGAAGUUUUGUCAGUGCAGCUCAGAAUGCCAAAACAGAUUUCCUGGAUGUCGUUGUAAAGCACAAUGCAACACUAAGCAGUGUCCAUGUUACCUAGCUGUACGCGAAUGUGAUCCUGAUCUCUGUUUAACAUGUGGAGCCGCCGACCACUGGGACAGCAAAAAUGUUUCCUGCAAGAACUGCAGCAUUCAGAGAGGAUCCAAAAAGCACUUGCUGUUGGCACCUUCAGAUGUGGCAGGCUGGGGAAUUUUCAUCAAAGAUCCUGUACAGAAGAAUGAAUUCAUCUCUGAAUACUGUGGUGAGAUUAUUUCUCAGGAUGAGGCAGACAGAAGAGGAAAAGUAUACGACAAAUACAUGUGCAGCUUUCUGUUUAACUUGAAUAAUGAUUUUGUGGUUGAUGCAACACGCAAGGGCAACAAAAUUAGAUUUGCAAACCAUUCAGUAAAUCCCAACUGCUAUGCAAAAGUUAUGAUGGUUAAUGGUGAUCACAGAAUAGGAAUAUUUGCUAAAAGAGCCAUUCAGACUGGUGAAGAACUGUUCUUUGACUACAGAUAUAGCCAAGCUGAUGCCCUUAAGUAUGUGGGCAUUGAAAGAGAAAUGGAAAUCCCUUGACACCAGCUACCUCUUCUUUUAAACAAACAGCUGCCUUAUCUUCAGGAAUUUCUAGUACUGUGGGCAAUUUUAGAAAAGUAAAAAUGAUGCAAUUUGAAAUUCUGUAUUUGCAAAGUACUGUAACAGUAAUUUAUAGUAACAAAUUUAAAAAAAAAAAAAAAACAACUUUUUAUUGCCUUCUCACCAGCUGCAAAGUGUUUUGUACCUAUGAACUUUUGCAAUAAUGUGGUGUGGUACAUUUUUCAACCUUGAAUAAAGGAUACUUGAACUUCUUCAUUUUUACUGGAA